AUUAAUUAUGGUAUGUUAGUGGUUGAGUAGGCAUUUCCUGUGUUCCAAUCCCUCUCAUGCUCUCUAUAGGUGUGAAGGUAGAUGAUAAACAACUUACCCUUGUGAAUAAUCAUAGAUAUGGCAACUAGAUUUUAGCUAGUCCACUUUGUGACUUAGUCUAAGUAAAAUUAAUAGUCUAUGUUGUUUUGCCAAAUGAUGUUGUUUAAAGAUGAUCUAGAAGAGGAUGACUCUCCUAUUCUCCAGCCUGGGUAUAUUCUGGCCAUCCAAGUGACAGCUGGAAUCACUAGCAUUCUCUCAACGCUGGGGGCAUCUCUCAUCAUAUUUACGUACAUUGCAUUCCGUAAUCUACGAACAACAGCACGUCAAUUGUUAGUCAGUAUUAGCAUUGCCGACAUCAUUGUUGCUAUAUCACAUUUUGUGGGGCUAUUCGCAAACUUUAAACGAUUCAUUUAUCAAUACAACAAUGAGACUUGGAACACAUCUACCACUGACCCACUGUGCAUUACCCAAGCUGCAUUUUCAAUGUUCGGAACACUUGCUUCUUUCCUACUGUCCCUAGCUAUCGGUGUGUAUCUAGUUGGGAUAUUGGUCUGGAAGAAACCAAGAAUUUGGAAGAGACUCGUCCCAAUCUUUUAUUAUAUUUGCUGGGGAAUACCGGCGAUCAUGGUUCUCCCGAAUGUCAUUGGGCACUACUACGGAUUUGCUGAUAUAGGCUGGUGCUAUAUUGCAAAAAAUAGCCUACCCUCAUCUAAAUACGAAAGUUAUCUUCUCGCUGAAUAUCUAAGCUACGACAUAUGGGUUUACCUGGUUUUUAUUGCUUUACCGGUGCUGUAUAUAACAGCCUUUGUGUACAUUCGAUGUAAGAAGAAGAAAAACAGCAGCUAUGAACCACUGUCAGUACUUCACACUCCACAAGAAGGUGACUUGAAGUUGCUGUUUGUGCCAGUGCUCUUUCUACUGCUCAGGGUGUGGACUACUAUUUAUGACUUGACAGUUUACAGUGGCUAUAAUGAGAAUGAUCCUUAUACGAACCUGGGGAAUAAUGGCGCUCCUCCUCUGGCUAUUUUGGGUGGAAUUGGAGACAAUGCCCAAGGAUUGGUCAACGCUAUCUUGUUUUGUGUGUUCACUAAGCAAGCGAGACAACAGCUCUUCUCCAGGCAGUCGUACCUGAAUAUGUGCAAGUGUCGUCAUAACAGCAGGGAGCCAGAAUACCAGACCCCCUUUGAUGAGAGUAACAGGGAGUCAGAGUACCAGACCACCCCUGAAGAGAGUACAGAGCUGAACAUUGAUAGGCAGUUUUAUGAUAAUGCAUAUGGAGUCAUUGUGAAUACUUAAGCUCAGCAUGUUUGUGAUUAUUUGGUGUGUACUCUGUUUGGGUCUCUAUCAACACUAAGAGAGCUAGACCGCAGGGUACCAAUUAUACUUCAGAUAUUCUUUCUGUAUUAAUAGCACACCUCUCUAGAAUUUAGAGUAUGUGUUGACAGAGAUACCAUUUAAGUACAGCAUUUUUGACCAA